AUGAAUGACCAAUCUCACUGUAGUCCGUACAGCACAGGGAUAGAGGACGAGUCCCUGCACGUUAUUCCAGCGCCAACAGGGAAAAAGCGCAUUCCGGUGAAAUGCGACGGAGAGAGGCCGUGUACGAGGUGUCAAAAAUUGGAAAAACAAUGCGUGUUCUUCGAAAUACCGAAAGACCCCGUCUCAGAGCGGAUUGAAGGCGUGGAGUAUGAGGUUCAAUAUCUCCGAAAACAGCUAGAUGAAAUGCGAGAGUUGCUUAAACAGAGCCGCUCGCAGCCUAGCCCCAAAACCCAACCAACACACUCCCCAAACCAACACUGUGAUCGGCAACAGCAAGUACGUCACGAGAGUGCUUGUGCAUCCUCGGGCUCUCAUUAUCCUCAUCCGCAGCAUCAUUCCCAAGAUGAAUUUUCCAGUGUACCUAUCCCGAGCUCCGCUGGCUAUGAAAAUGGUCACCAACACCAAAGGUCUAUGCCGGGAUCCAUACCAGCCCUCUCUCCGAAUGAGACUUCAGCUCGGCCUAUCUACGCGUCCAGUCAGAUAAUUACUAGACCCCUUAAGAGAAAGCGAUCUGGGUUCGAGAUUCGAGAUGAACCCAUUACCGACUUCAUUGAUAAAGGACUUAUCACUCUUGAAUGUGCCGUGUCAUACUUUAAUACCUUCUUUGGAGGAUGCGACAGGUAUAUCCCAAUCUUUGACCCUCAAUAUGACACUUUCGACUCCAUUCGAUCUCGAAGUAGUAUUCUUCUCAACGCAAUAUGUGCCAUUGGCUGCAUGGUGGAGACCAGAUCCGGAGGUUCAAUAUCAGACCUUCUCCACGCCGAACUCAAGAGAUGGAUGAACGUCAUAAUCCAGAACAAGGAAUUGAACUGCCUAGAGUCAGUCCAGGCGAUGCUCGUGGUUGCUUGUUAUUCCGCAGAACGCUCCCUAAUCUUAUCCUUUGCCACUCGCAUGGCCCUGGACCUGGAAUUGCACGAGGCCUUUGAUGAAUUGAUUCAGCGUCUCGCCCUUCAGAAUGAAGAUAUGGCUUAUGCCUUGCCAAAUCAGAUGUUUGAAGAGGAGAGGGCUCUUAUGUGGAACGCUCGGACGUGGUUCGGGCUUCUGGUUCUCGAGCAUAUAUUUCGCGUUGAUGGAGGAAAGCCACCUGGCAUUCGACUAAAAGGGAAUGUUCGCCGAUGUCGGGUUUUACUUAGCCAUCCAUCAUCGACAAUCUUGGAUUUACGGCUAUUCUCCCAGGUCGAGUUAAACAUCCUCAGAGCCAAUGUCGGCGACGCUCUAGGAGGAAAGACAUCGCUUGAUGGGCAAAGCAUCGCGGAUUACGUUCAUGAUAUGAAAAUUGAACUAGAUCUAUGGUUCGAUGACUGGCUACGUAUUAUCGAAAGUUGUGUUGCCGCCGCCGAAGAGAAGCCAUCUCUACUAGUCGCUCUUCGAGUACAGAAAUGCUGGGCAGAAAUGAUGCUAAACUGCAAAGCAUUACGAUCCAUGGGCGUUGAGAACGUAGCUGCCAUGUCCACAACGGAAAGAACAAUACUCCUCACAGCCAAAGCAAGUGCCCGACGACAUCUUCGCCUCAUAAUUGCCGAUCCAGACUUCUACCUCGCCAAGCUGAGAUACGCAAUGGAUUUCGUCUGGGCUAAGUGCGCGUUCUCAUUCCUAUUGCUUCUGAAGUUAUCGCGUCUCAUUCCCGAGCGCGACGAGGAGCAUCAAGAGCUCUUGGAACAAGGUAAUCGACUCGUCGAUGAACUGAGUAAAGCUGGAGCUAGUGGAACUCAGUCCGGAGCUGGGAAUAUUUAUCUGCAGAUCUUGAAGGUCAGUAUUGAGAAGUACGGGCGUGCCUUAAUGGAAACACAGCAACCCAGCUCGGAUGGCCCUACGGUUACGUCGCCUUUCUGGGAGUUGUUUGAUGCUCAAGCGGAUCUUCAGUGGUUUGUCCCAGAGCAAUUUGUCUCCGAAUGGGAUUUUCCGGGCCUUAAUCUGUUUUAUUUCCCUACUGCUUGGCAGGAUUUCUUCGGGGAUUUUUCGUUGGCUAUGUAG